AUAAGAAGCCGUAAAAAAACAAAACCUCGACUCAUCUUGAUGUUACAGCGGCCUCUUCUUCUGGGGACGCAAAUCGAGGAUAUCGUGUUUCAUGACCUACUAUUUAUCUUUUGAAGAUAACAUGAAGAGGAAAAGCACAUCUAGCACACCACAGGAUGAAUCCGGUGCUAUUGAUUUGAUUGCACAAGCACCUGGAAAUGAAAGAAAGAGAAGUAAGAAGGAAUGUAAUAGCAUUGACCAGAAUGCUGAACAACAAAAGAAGCAAAGCGACGGAAAUUCGGGGAGCAGGGACAAAUAUGGAGCCGGAAAAAAGCGAAAGAGAGAAAAAUCUAAUAUCACUGGCAAGAGGCAGAAGCUUAGAAAGAAGCAAGCUGGUGGAGUUGUUAAUGGCAUUGAAACAAGUAUUGAGUCCGCUGAUUAUAUCUCACAGUUGCCUGAAGCUGUCAUUCAUCACAUCCUAUCUCUCAUUCGUUGUAGAAAAGGUGCUGCUCGGACCAGUGUGUUGUCUAAGAGGUGGAGGGAUGUAUGGACCACUUUCUCUGUUUUGACAUUUGAUCAACGCAAGUUUCAGAAACCAGAACACGUCCAAGAUAAGAGAAAGAAUGAGAUGUUCAAGGACUUCAUUGAUCGGUCUCUUCUGAGCCACCUUGAGAAAAAUUUAAAUAUACGUAAAUUUGAGCUACAUUUGACCUCCUAUGAUCAAGAAAUGGCGCGUGGUUUGGAACACUGGGUUGGACUUGCAACUGAAAAUAAUAUCAUAAAGGAGCUAGGUCUCCAUAUUCAUACGAGAGGAAGAAAUGUUUACAAUUUUCCCAGGAAAGCGUUUGCUUCAGAUACACUAACUGGAUUAAGGCUGCAGAGCUGCAAACUUGAUCCUAGCUGUGCUAUAAAGCUUCCCCAUCUGCAAAAGCUAUAUUUGCGGGAUUGUAAUGUUGACAAACAGAGAAUGCAGAAUAUUAUUUCCAGCUGUCCUUUGAUUGAGGAUUUGAGACUCAUAUGUUGCACAGGGUUGAAGUUUCUGCAGCUUUUAGGUCUCCUUAAGCUUGAUAGGGUUGAAGUACACCACUGCCGCGGAUUGAAGAAGAUUGAAGUUAAAGCUGCAAAUCUUCAGACAUUUUGGUAUUGUGGAAAGAAUAGAACGGCUUGCAAACUUAUCCUCAGUGGGUGUGAGUCUCUGAAAAGAUUUACACUAGAGGACAAAAAAAUGACAGAUAAUCAGUUUCGUGAACUAUUCUUUGGUUUUCCUCUCCUCGAGAAGCUGGAUCUAAGUAACUGCCUGAAAUUAAAAGAUAUUAGAAUUGCAAGUCAUCGAUUAAACAGAUUAGUCUUGAGGGGUUGUGUGAAUCUACAGGGAGUUGAGAUUGAUACUCCAAAUCUUCUUUCUUUCGAGUAUCAAGGUGAUAAAAAUCAGAAAAUGCCCUUUUCUUUUCUGAAUCCUAUAUGUUUGAAGGAGGCCAAGCUUUCUUUUGGGUCAGCUUCUGCUGGCCAGCUCAAGUUUGAUCACAAUAAAGACGAGCCCAUUUGGUUUAAAAAGUUGCGAGAUUUCCUUGGCAAGUUUGAUCACAAUAGAGGCGUCAAACUGGUUGUCCACACUAUUAAGAAUGUUAUCAUCUACGAAGAUCUAAGAGAAAUGUCACUUCCUCCGGUCUGUGGUCUCAAACUUGAAAUAAUCAAUUCUUCUGUUGGUACUGAAGAACUAUUAAAUAGUACGUUGCAGAAGUGGCACCCAGAGACCUUAUCUAUAGCUUCCCCUUCUAGCAGUGAAUUCACCAAGUUGGUACAUGAGAAGAUGAUGGAGAGUAAGAAGGAUCCAACCUGCUGCACAUCUAAGCAUCCAAACAAUAAAUGUUGGCGGCACUCUUUAAAGGUAGGCAAGAAAGUGAACUUGAAGCGGGCCAAAGGGAAGUCAGGUUGGAUUGCUUGGUUGAAGUCAAAGUUGAAGUCUUGUCCAAAUGACUUACACGAGAUCACUUGUUUUAGUUUAUUAAAAAAAUCUGAUAUGCAUGUGGAUGUUCUUUUGCAAUUGUUACUCGUUUUCUCCAAAUUCUUUGAAUCAAUUCCUGUUGAAUUCAUUGUUGAGAUUUUGUUUUGCUUUGUUCCUUUUUCAUUAACAUUCUGCGUUAGUGGAGCAUCUUAUUUCUCAUCUAUCAAACUUCAAACAUAUUCCGUAAGUUCAUCAAUCCAUAUGGACAGUGGGAAGGACAAUUCAGGUGGGAAGAGGAAGACCAUAAUAUUGGGACCAUGGGGAGGCAACGGUGGAAACGAUUGGGAUGAUGGGCUCUAUAAUGGGGUGAGAGAAAUCACUCUCGUCUAUGGCCAUUGCAUCGACUCCAUUGUUGUAGUAUAUGAUAAGAACGGUAAGCCAGCUACAUCAGAAAAGCAUGGUGGUCUUGGAGGCAAUCGAACAGCCGAGAUAAAGUUGCAGUACCCUGAUGAGUUCCUAGUGAGUGUGAGCGGACACUAUUGUCCGGUGGUGUAUGGUGGCAGCCCGGUGAUCCGGUCACUGAAAUUUGAGAGCAAUAGAAGAACAUUUGGACCAUUUGGAGUUGAAGAAGGCACACCCUUUACUUUCACAGUGGAUGGAGGCAAAAUUGUUGGCUUAAAAGGAAGAGGUGGUUGGUACCUAGAUGCAAUUGGGUUUCACGUAUACCAUGCUCCUAAAGGACAGCUCUUUCGGAGAGUUCAGAAAAGUUUCCGAAGGCUUGCCAGCACGGUCUCAAAACCUCCGGCCACCAAAGAAACCGAAAAGGCUACUCUGCGCUGAUCGGAGUUGAAAACAUAUCUUAUACAUGGCUCUUGCUAGCUUACAAAUGCUGGAUGAAUGAGAGCUCUCAAGUCUCAAGUAGUUCGCCCUUGUGAAUUGUGAUUAUAUGUUAUAUAUAGUGCACUAAACUACUAAAUAAUAAGAGAAAUUCUACGGUAUCUACAUCUUGCUUUGCUUGCAUUUUCAGACAAUUAAUUGUAUCUCUCACAUGCAUCUAGCUAUAUGUCAUCAGCAUUUCAAAUUUUGUUUGCAUAUAUAAUAAGUUCGAACGCAUUGCG